UGCAGGAAGUAGCGCCAGUUUAUCUGUUAAGCUUUAAUUCUGUUGGGUGGUACAACUGUUGCUCACUCGAGUGUGAUUAUUGACCAACUCCGCGAGGUUUCCUGAUGCCAGAGGGAAAAAUGUUGUUCAGUCCAGGUGGUUUAUCUGAGUGCUUACGCGAAUGGGAGGAUUUAGAGAAGGACUACCAACAGAUUCAGGACACCCAUCGUCUAUAUAAACAGAAACUUGAGGACGUGACCAAACUGCAAGACAGCUGCUCAAACGCUAUCGCACGUCAGAGGAAGAAACUGAAAGAGCUUGCUGUGUCCCUAGAAGAAUGCAAAUCAAAUUCUUCAACAGCCAAAUUAAGUCCAGAGGAAGAGGAUGCCAUCGCAGAAAUCGAGGACUCCAUCAAAGACAGAGCACAUACUUUCUUUGAGAUGGAAGCAUUUCUCCCCAAGAGGAAUGGGUUAUAUCUCAAUCUUGUUUUAGGAAAUGUCAAUAUAACACUCCUCAACAAACAGUCAAAAUUUGCCUACAAAGACGAAUAUGAGAAGUUCAAACUGGUCCUCACUGUCAUCCUCUUUGUAUUCUCUUUUACGUGUCGCUUUUUGUUAAGCUACAGAGUCCUAGACGCCCUGUUCAACUUCCUGUUGGUGUGGUACUACUGCACUCUCACCAUCCGGGAGAGUAUCCUCAUCAGCAACGGCUCUAGGAUCAAAGGCUGGUGGGUUUUCCAUCACUAUGUGUCAACCUUCUUGUCUGGAGUCAUGCUCACUUGGCCUGAAGGUGCACUCUACCAGAUGUUUAGGAACCAGUUUCUAAGUUACUGCUUAUACCAAAGUUUCAUUCAGUUCCUCCAGUACUACUACCAAAGUGGCUGUUUGUACAGACUCAGAGCACUGGGAGAGAGACAUAAUAUGGACCUUACAGUUUUCAUGUGCGGCUGCUCUUACUUGGUCCUCUUCAUGGGAAACGUCUUCACCACGCUGGCAGUGGUUUACCAGAAAUACAUGAACAACCAGGACAAGUCUAAAAACGUGUAAGACAGUAAUCCUUAAUGAGACUGUUUCUCCACUUCUCCAAAAACUCCGUCCUAUAUAUGGAACGGUAAAUUCAUAUAAUUACAAUCACUUUAUGUUUUCUUAGGAGGAGCAUGUGGUCUCUAUUAUUGUCCAUGUGUUUACAUAUACAGCUUCUUCUAUUAAUUUGCAUCUUUGAAGUCCCUUUCAUUUCAUAUUUCUCCAAAUGUUGGUCAGACCACCAUGUUAAAGUAUUGUCACAAUGACUUACUUAAAAAGAAGUAAUCAGAUACUUUGUUGGUCUUAAUAAGUUACACUGUGAGAUCGUUGGGGCAGAAUUAUCUGUCUCUCUUGGUUAAACAGCUUGUUAUUUACAUUGUAUUUAUUUAGGAAGCUCUAAAGUUUCUCAAUCCUGAGCUGCUUUGUAUCUUAGCCUUGGAGAAAGUGCAUUGCUGAAUAAAAAACACUCCGCCAUC